AUGGCGGCGCUGUUCUCGACGGAGAGGAGAGGGCCCCGGUGGAGGCGAGGGUGGAGAAGCUCCCUCGCCCUUCCCCCCGCCCCGCUCAUCGCCAUCUUCGCCAUCGUAGUCUUCCUCAUGACGAUCUCGGGGUACGUCGACUACAAGGCGCGGGCGCAGCAGGCGGCGGGCGGCGCGCGGGUGGCGCUCCUCCUGCUGCCGGCGGCACUGGUGGUCGUCGUCCGGUUCAUGCUCGCCGAGGGGAGGUUUGCACUCCGGCUCCCCCGUGCCGAGCGAGGGGCCUUCUACCGCGCGGGGAGCUCGCCGUGGGGCGUGGCGGCGGCCGUGGCGGUGGUGCUGCUGAUGGUGGCGUAUCAGUCCUCAUUCCACUCCCACUGGUUUUCCCCUCUGUGGAGGUCUGAUUAA